UACUGCAGAUCUACUGUCAUGUUGGCAUCAUUGAUGCAACCAGCAUCCCUCUUUUAAUUGCAAGUUGCCGGCGAAUCGAAACCGAUCGGCGAAUGUCAGGAAUCAGGCUUGUCAGCAAGUUGAGUUCUAACCUCUUCUCCGUGAACAUUGAGUUUUAAUAGAACGUAACUUUAGUGUGUAGCUGUAGUGCUAUUCAUUGAAAAAAAUGGUUGUGCGAUCGUACAAUGAUGAGCUGAAAUACUUGGAAAAAAUCACUCCAAAUUGUUGGAGGAUUAAAAAGGGCUUCCAACCAAAUAUGAAUGUAGAAGGUGUCUUCUAUGUGAACAAUCAUCUUGAAAAGCUCAUGUUGGACGAGCUUCGCAAUGCAUGUCGACCUGGCAUGGUUGGAGGCUUCCUACCUGGUGUGAAACAAAUAGCUAAUGUGGCAGCUUUGCCAGGCAUUGUGGGUCGAUCAGUAGGAUUACCAGAUGUACAUUCUGGGUAUGGGUUUGCCAUUGGUAAUAUGGCUGCAUUUGACAUGGGAGAUCCCAAAUCUGUCGUUUCUCCUGGUGGGGUAGGCUUUGAUAUAAACUGUGGUGUGAGACUCUUAAGAACAAAUCUGCACGAGAAGGAUGUUCUACCAGUAAAGGAACAAUUGGCCCAGAGUAUGUUUGAUCACAUUCCUGUUGGUGUGGGUUCAAAAGGUAUUAUCCCUAUGAAUGCCCGUGACAUGGAAGAAGCACUGGAAAUGGGCAUGGAUUGGUCUCUUCGAGAAGGUUACAUUUGGGCUGAGGACAAAGAGCAUUGUGAGGAAUAUGGUCGCAUGCUGAAUGCAGAUCCGUCCAAAGUUAGCAUGCGGGCAAAGAAGCGUGGAUUACCUCAGUUGGGGACAUUAGGUGCAGGAAAUCAUUAUGCUGAGAUUCAAGUAGUAGAUGAGAUCUAUGACAAAUGGGCUGCCAGUAAGAUGGGAAUUGAGAUGAAGGGACAAAUAUGUGUCAUGAUUCAUUCUGGAAGUCGUGGAUUUGGCCAUCAAGUAGCUACUGAUGCUCUGGUGCAGAUGGAAAAAGCCAUGAAGAGAGAUAACAUUGAUACCAAUGAUCGCCAAUUGGCCUGUGCCCACAUCCACUCCACAGAAGGACAAGACUACCUCAAAGCUAUGGCAGCUGCUGCUAACUUUGCAUGGGUCAAUCGAAGCUCUAUGACAUUCCUUAGCAGACAGGCUUUUGCAAAGCAGUUCCGAAUGACUCCUGAUGAUCUUGACAUGCAUGUCAUUUAUGAUGUGUCACACAACAUUGCCAAGGUGGAAGAACACAUGGUGGAUGGCAAGCAGCGUACUCUCUUAGUACAUCGCAAGGGUUCCACCCGAGCGUUCCCUCCUCAUCACCCUCUGAUUCCGGUGGACUACCAGUUGACGGGGCAGCCUGUGCUGAUUGGAGGGACUAUGGGUACAUGCAGUUACGUUCUGACAGGAACAGAGCAAGGCAUGCAGGAGACGUUUGGAUCGACAUGCCAUGGCGCUGGUCGUGCACUGUCUCGUGCCAAAUCUCGGCGUAACCUUGAUUACCAAGAUGUGCUGAAUAAACUUGAAGAAAUGGGGAUAUCAAUCCGUGUUGCUUCACCCAAAUUGGUCAUGGAAGAAGCCCCAGAAUCUUAUAAGAAUGUGACUGACGUUGUUGACACGUGUCAUGCUGCUGGGAUUAGCAAGAAAUGCAUCAAACUGCGCCCCAUUGCAGUCAUUAAAGGUUGAUGAUUGUUCUUUCACUCUUUUGUUCUCCUCAUUUUCUUUUCUUCAUGGCAGUUACUGCCUCUGCAGAUUUGACUGUGAUUUUUGUUCUUAAGAGAUAUAAAUCCCUUCCUUUGUGCCUGUUGGCUAUAUGUGCAUUUUGCAAAUGAACUUUUGUGAAACCCCCAAAAGAAGUAUUCCAGGAGGGGAAAUCAAAUAAAAUGUGGUCUUUGAUUUCUAUUUUGUUGUUAUACAGCUCAGAGUUUUAGGAAUUUACAAACAAAAAUCUUCUUUCCCUCCACCUGUAUCACUUGCGUUUGUAACAUACAAUCAGCUCUAAGAGUAAUCUUAUGAACAAAUUUCAGUAUAGGUAGGGUAAUAAAUAAUUCAUAUGUUGUAAAGAAUAUGAUUUUGAUCAACCUUCAGUAUGUAACUAUCUACGGAAAUUACUGAGGUAGUAAAUUCAGUACAACAUUUGUGCCAAUAUAUCUGUUCUGUUCAUUUGUUCAUUUACUCUUAUUAAUUUUUCCUUCUGUGUCGGACCUUUGUAAUUGUUUUUUGUGUAAAAUUAUUUUUAAAACUUUUUGAUUUGCAUCUGUUCUAUUGUUCCUCUAUCACUGUGUAAUAAUGCAAUGAAAUAAUAUUCUAGUGUGGGAAAAAAUGCAUCACUCUCUUUUGAGAUAUGUGUAAACAAAUGUCCUCAAAUAUAACUUCUGUGAUUACUAAUGGAAUUAGUCGGAUCCUGAUCCUGAAAUUGUUUUGAAUAUUUUGUACAUGAUUAUUUAUGUGACAAAUAAAAGAGUUGCUUUUGCUUGUAUAAUUUAUUUAUUUUAUUUGGAUUUAUUGUAUAUAUUUAUUUCUAAUAGAACAAAUUUUGAAAAGUUUUAUAAAGAAUGAAAGUUUGUUGUUCAAAUUGAAUGGGAAUCCUAAUAAAUACUCUUGACAAUGUCCAAUUUUUGUGUUUCACUGUGUUCCAACCAUAUGUGAAACUGUGAUAAACUUUAUUAUUAAUAGUAUUAGUGUUCAUGAGUUUCACUAUGUUAUGCACGAUGAAAGAUCAACAUACAUUUAUUGUAAUGUUUUCAUGUCAGUGUAGGUGAAUUGUGGGAAUUGCCAAGUUAAAAAAAUUGCUAUUCUGCUUCUUUUUAGUGUGUUGCACUGUGCGUGUGUAUUUUCCUUCAUUUCUUAAUGUAACAAGGCCUCUUUAGACUGUUUGUAGCUUUCAAAAUUAAGUAAUGUUUCUACAUUUAUGUCAUUGUUAACUAUUUGACAGUCUUUGGAUAAUGUAGAACUUUUGAACAUACUUUCAAAGAUCACUCACAGAAGUCUUUGCAAUGUGAUGCUGUUCAAUUAUCUAUUGUUUUUCUUCAUCCUUUAAACAUUAAAACUAUGAUUCUAUGAAAUAAUAAACUAAAUAUGAAAACAAAAUAUUGCUGAGAGGAAAAAAAACAAUGUUAUGAAUAAACAUUUGAUGGUUCAUUGUAAAAAUUCAUUACCGUCAAGAAAUAUUUAAAAUAACUAGUUUGAAAUUCAGUGCUAUGUGCUGAGCGUCAGGUAAAUUGAGAUUUGGUGAUGGAGAUAAAUAUUACUGUAUUAAAUUAUGGAAUAAUGUCUGUCAAGCACCUAGCAUCAAAUAUGGGGCAUUGUUGUAUUUCUUCUGCAUCAUAGGUCAUACAAAGAUACGUUAAGUGCAAAAAAUAUUAAAUCAUUACUGCAAAAGAUUAUUAUUACUUCUGUCAGAGCUGUAUGAAAUGAUAUGUGAAAGGAUCAGAUGUGAAAAUUGAGGUUUCAUUAAAACAGCAUUUCAUGUAGAAAGUUCCCAGAACAAUCAAAAACUUUAAUGGAUGAAUUUGGCUUAAAAAUCAAUGUCAGGAAACUGAUGUGACAUGAAGGGAGAAAUGAGUAAUGGUAUUAAAUGAGUCUGAUAAGCAAAAAUGUUUGAGACAUUUCAUGAUAGAUGCCCCCCUGGAGUUCAAAAUCGUAGGCAACUCAUAGCAGUUCUUCAGAAAAACACUGUCUAGAAAAGGAGGCAAAAAUUAAAAACGAAGGACUUAUCAUUUGGGUAGCAUGGAUAACAACAAUACCAGCAAAACCAAUGAAUUUACAGGUUCCUAUUUGUGACGUAAUUACAAAAAUGCCGUAGUUGUUUUAAUUAACUGGGUAUUUUGUAUGUUUUUCCCCCUCUCCUGUCAGUUUCAAUCAAUUUUUUUCUAGUUGGGAAAACGUCUUUACUAUUUCAUUCGGAAAGAGGAAAAUGCCCCCCUCCGCCCCCCCCCCUUCUGGUGAAUACUUGGUACCCUUCUUUCCGCUUCAUGCGACUCCUGACGUUUCAGGAUACUAAGGCGGGAAAGGGAUGAAAGAAACCAAAGACCAUUACGUACGGUUAACAAGAUACACUGUAUUUACAAAACAUAAUCGCCGCAGCGGCUGAGUAUUGCAGGCAGGUAGGCAGGCAGCGCUCGCACCCUGUGCGCCUGGAGCGUGGCGUGGCGGGGUCAGGCGGGCGGGGGCGAGGCGUGGACGGGGACCGGGGUGGGGGGCUGGAGCGGGCCGAGGGAGGAGGGCUCCUUCUCGGUGAUGAGCGUGGAGAGCUCGCGCGCGCAAGCUUCCGCGUCGCCGUCGCCGUCCUCGUCGUGGUGAUGGUGGUGGUGGUGCGGGGGCGGCGAGCCGGGCCCGUUCGUUGCCGGCCACUUGGCGUCGCCCUCGCCGCCGCCGCCGUCGCCCGCG